AUGUUUUUGUAUUCACUGAAGCCCAACUUGGUGGCCCGGAAAAAACCUAACCCGUCUCAGUCCUCUGUGAGGACCUCUAACCCGUCUCCGUCCUCUGUGAGGACCUCUAACCCGUCUCCGUCCUCUGUGAGGACCUCUACCCCGUCUCCGUCCUCUGUGAGGACCUCUACCCCGUCUCCGUCUUCUGACCUCUACCCCGUCUCCGUCUUCUGUGAGGACCCCGACUCCGUCUCAGUCCUCUGUGAGGACCACUAUCCCGUCUCCGUCUUCUGUGAGAACCUCUACCCCGUCUCCGUCUUCUGUGAGGACCUCUACCCCGUCUCCGUCUUCUGUGAGAACCUCUACCCCGUCUCAGUCCUCUGUGAGGACCUCUAUCCCGUCUCCGUCUUCUGUGAGGACCUCUACCCCGUCUCAGUCCUCUGUGAGGACCUCUACCCCAUCUCCGUCUACUGUGAGGACCCCGACUCCGUCUCAGUCCUCUGUGAGGACCUCUAUCCCGUCUCCGUCUUCUGUGAGAACCUCUACCCCGUCUCAGUACUCUGUGAGGACCUCUACCCCAUCUCCGUCUACUGUGAGGACCUCUACCCCGUCUCAGUCCUCUGUGAGGACCUCUACCCCAUCUCCGUCUACUGUGAGGACCUCUACUCCGUCUCAGUCCUCUAUGAGGACCUCUACCCCAUCUCAGUCCUCUGUAUGGACCUCUACCCCGUCUCCGUCUUCUGUGAGGACCUCUACCCCGUCUCAGUCCUCUGUGAGGACCUCUACCCCGUCUCUGUCUUCUGUGAGGACCUCUACCCCGUCUCCGUCCUCUGUGAGGACCUCUACCCCGUCUCCGUCUUCUGUGAGGACCCCGACUCCGUCUCAUCCUCUGUGAGGACCUCUAACCCGUCUCCGUCCUCUGUGAGGACCUCUACCCCGUCUCCGUCUUCUGUGAGGACCCCGACUCCGUCUCAGUCCUCUGUGAGGACCUCUACCCCGUCUCCGUCUUCUGUGAGGACCCCGACUCCGUCUCAGUCCUCUGUGAGGACCUCUAACCCGUCUCCGUCCUCUGUGAGGACCUCUAACCCGUCUCCGUCCUCUGUGAGGACCUCUACCCCGUCUCCGUCUUCUGUGAGGACCCCGACUCCGUCUCAGUCCUCUGUGAGGACCUCUACCCCGUCUCCGUCUUCUGUGAGGACCUCUACCCCAUCUCAGUCCUCUGUGAGGACCUCUACCCCGUCUCUGUCUUCUGUGAGGACCUCUACCCCGUCUCAGUCCUCUGUGAGGACCUCUACCCCGUCUCUGUCUUCUGUGAGGACCUCUACCCCGACUCUGUGUUCUGUGAGGACCUCUAGCCCUUCUCCAUCCUCCGUGAGGACGCCUAUCCUGUCUCCAUCCUCUGAAAUAAGCCCUAGUCCCUCUCCAUCUUCUGAGAGCAGCCUGAGUCCCUCUUUAUCUGCUGUGAGGAGCCCUAGCAUCGCUUCAUCCUCUGGGAUCCCAGCACACACCUGCGAGACAGUUUCAUCUGGGGAGUCUGGAAUGUCCCUGCUACAGUCAGCAGCAGCGGGGGAUGCAGCUAAUUUCUGGUUGCCAAGUGAGAUGAGGAAAACCAUACCUGUGCAAGAUCAAAGAUGGAUUUCUAAUACCCUCUUUGGCUCUGGAAAACUGCGACCAGAUUUGAAGCUCUGGUAUAACCCCCCUGUGCCAGCCCUGAUCUACCACCAGAUACCAACACCUGAUCGUUUUUUUUCCCAUCGGCUUAUGGUGUGGAUGCCGUACCAUCAGUGGAAGGUCCGGGUGUUCUGCCGAGGUUGUGGGAAGCAUCUUACAGGUGCUGGUAUCCACAAAAGGGCUCGGAAGGUCCUGGAUAUUGAUAGGUUUUACCUGCUUGUGACAGAGACACUCAGGUGCAGUGGGUGCAAUCUCACAUACAUAUCAACGUCCCAGACCAUCCGGGAACAGCUGGACUUGCCACACCAAAAGCUGUUUCGGCUCAUCCUGACCCAGAAGUAUGCCUGUGACAUACGUGUCAUUCGCCUGAUGCGGGAUAGGACUCAGGGGAACAGCUCUGCACGGCUGCUGAAACAACUAAAAGAAAAUCAUGGGGAGGAAUGGCUGGAUAGGUUGGGGCAUUAUUUUGAAGAGUGCUCUAACUUUGUUAAUCGGCCAAGCCUGUUCCCAGUUGUGUGCCAGGAGCCCCCAGAGCCCGCUGAUGUCCCCACUGAUCGCUGGUUGCUGUCUGUGUAUGGCAGAGACAUCUUGUCACGCAUUGACCACAUCAAAGCCAGUCUCACAUCCACAGUAGGCACCAUAUUAAAGAUGGAUUCCUCCAAAAAGAUCACAAAGAAGCUGGCAGGACACAGCAAAGGAACGGCUCUGUGGGUGUCUUCUGUGGGCAAUGAGCUGGGCCAGAUCUUAAAUAGUGUGGUAACUGUGCAGGAGGGUCCAGGUCUUGACAGGAUGGCUGCUGGCCUGAUGGAGCGGUACCGCCAGGCUGGGGUUGCACCUCCUAAGGUCCUAUAUGUUGACUGUGGCUGCUGUGUGACUGAUGGGCUGAGCAAGCUGCAGGCAAGGUUUGGAGAGUGGCCAGAUCUCCACAUUCGACUUGAUAUUUGGCAUUUCAUGCAACGUCUGACUGUGGGAUGUACUACAGAUGCUCAUCCCCUUUAUCCUGCUUUCAUGAGAGCCCUGUCCUCGUGCAUCUUUGAGUGGGAUGCAGGGGAUCUUGACCUCCUCCGGAGAGCAAAAACAAAGCAGCUCCAACAAGAACAGAGACCUGGUAUAACCAGCAGCAUGGUGGACAGCCAAAUAACCAAAAACGAGCUGAGUACUUACUGCCGUAGGAGGACUCGGGGAGAGGAAGCAACACUUCUACAUAUAGAACGGCUGCUGGAGGAGCUGAGGGGUCCAAAAGGGAGAGACUUGAUGGGCGUCCCUCUGCUGGAUGAAGUGAGGAUGGAUCACAUCUGGCAUGUGCAAAAACGACACAUAAAAUGCAUCCAAGAUGUUCCAGGGAUUCAGUUGUACACUGAAGUAGGAAGUAUGAACAAAAAUGGCAUCAAGCUCACCAGCUACCGCUGUGCCGGAGGAUCAACAUCUCUGGAGUCUUUCCAUUGCCAUUUGAACAGGUUUAUUCCUGGAACAAGCGCAAAUCUGCUGAAUUUCCAGCUGUAUAUUCUGGAAGGCCUUAACAGGUGGAAUCAGGAUCGGGGCACUGCAGCAGUGAGCAGCAAGCCAUCGUGUCUUCUCACAUAUGCUGGAGACAUGACACAGUGCAUUAAUAAGAACAGCCUGAAGGUACUUGGAAGAGAGUACGUUCCAAACUUCACACCUCCAGCAAAAUACACAGGUGAGCUGCUGGGUGUUGACUACCUGUUAAGUCAAACGGGCAAGCCUCUAAAACCACAGCCUGACUCAGAGGAGACUGAUGGGCUUCUAGAAGAAGUGGAUCCAACUGAAGGGGAGGAAGAUGAAGGCUUCAUGGAUGAGGAUGAUUUGGACUUAGUGGUACCAGGACUUCAAGAUGGUGUCCUUCUCUCUGCGACCUCACAACUUGAAACCUUCACCCAGCAUGCUUCCACAUCCACUCAGCCUGCUUCCACAUCCACUCAGCCUGCUUCCACCUCCACUCAGCCUGCUUCCACAUCCACCCAGCCUGCUUCCACAUCCACCCAGCAUGCUUCCACCUCGACUCAGCCUGCUUCCACAUCCACCCAGCCUGCUUCCACAUCCACCCAGCCUGCUUCCACAUCCACCCAGCCUGCUUCCACAUCCACUCAGCCUGCUUCCACCUCCACUCAGCCUGCUUCCACAUCCACCCAGCAUGCUUCCACCUCCACUCAGCCUGCUUCCACCUCGACUCAGCCUGCUUCCACAUCCACCCAGCCUGCUUCCACAUCCACCCAGCAUGCUUCCACAUCCACUCAGCCUGCUUCCACCUCCACUCAGCCUGCUUCCACAUCCACCCAGCAUGCUUCCACCUCCACUCAGCCUGCUUCCACAUCCACCCAGCCUGCUUCCACAUCCACCCAGCAUGCUUCCACAUCCACUCAGCCUGCUUCCACCUCCACUCAGCCUGCUUCCACAUCCACCCAGCCUGCUUCCACAUCCACCCAGCAUGCUUCCACCUCCACUCAGCCUGCUUCCACAUCCACCCAGCAUGCUUCCACAUCCACUCAGCCUGCUUCCACCUCGGCUCAGCCUGCUUCCACAUCCACCCAGCAUGCUUCCACAUCCACUCAGCCUGCUUCCACCUCCACUCAGCCUGCUUCCACAUCCACCCAGCAUGCUUCCACAUCCACUCAGCCUGCUUCCACCUCGACUCAGCCUGCUUCCACAUCCACCCAGCCUGCUUCCACAUCCACCCAGCAUGCUUCCACAUCCACUCAGCCUGCUUCCACCUCCACUCAGCCUGCUUCCACCUCCACUCAGCCUGCUUCCACAUCCACUCAGCCUGCUUCCACAUCCACUCAGCCUGCUUCCACAUCCACUCAGCCUGCUUCCACCUCCACCCAGCCUGCUUCCACAUCCACUCAGCCUGCUUCCACCUCCACCCAGCAUGCUUCCACAUCCACUCAGCCUGCUUCCACCUCGACUCAGCCUGCUUCCACAUCCACCCAGCCUCCUGCUUCCACCUCCACUCAGCCUGAUUCCACAUCCACCCAGCACGCUUCCACAUCCACUCAGCCUGCUUCCACCUCGACUCAGCCUGCUUCCACAUCCACCCAGCCUGCUUCCACAUCCACCCAGCAUGCUUCCACAUCCACUCAGCCUGCUUCCACCUCGACUCAGCCUGCUUCCACCUCCACUCAGCCUGCUUCCACAUCCACCCAGCAUGCUUCCACAUCCACUCAGCCUGCUUCCACCUCGACUCAGCCUGCUUCCACCUCCACUCAGCCUGCUUCCACAUCCACUCAGCCUGCUUCCACAUCCACCCAGCAUGCUUCCACAUCCACUCAGCCUGCUUCCACCUCGACUCAGCCUGCUUCCACAUCCACCCAGCCUCCUGCUUCCACAUCCACCCAGGCUGCUUCCACAUCCACCCAGCCUGCUUCCACCUCCACUCAGCCUGCUUCCACAUCCACUCAGCCUGCUUCCACAUCCACUCAGCCUACUUCCACAUCCACUCAGCCUGCUUCCACCUCCACUCAGCCUGCUUCCACAUCCACCCAGCAUGCUUCCACCUCCACUCAGCCUGCUUCCACAUCCACCCAGCAUGCUUCCACAUCCACUCAGCCUGCUUCCACCUCGACUCAGCCUGCUUCCACAUCCACCCAGCCUGCUUCCACAUCCACCCAGCCUGCUUCCACCUCCACCCAGCAUGCUUCCACAUCCACUCAGCCUGCUUCCACCUCGACUCAGCCUGCUUCCACAUCCACCCAGCAUGCUUCCACAUCCACCCAGCCUGCUUCCACAUCCACCCAGCCUGCUUCCACCUCCACUCAGCCUGCUUCCACAUCCACCCAGCAUGCUUCCACAUCCACUCAGCCUGCUUCCACAUCCACUCAGCCUGCUUCCACAUCCACCCAGCCUGCUUCCACAUCCACCCAGCCUGCUUCCACAUACACCCAGCAUGCUUCCACCUCCACUCAGCCUGCUUCCACAUCCACUCAGCCUGCUUCCACCUCCACUCAGCCUGCUUCCACAUCCACCCAGCAUGCUUCCACAUCCACUCAGCCUGCUUCCACCUCGACUCAGCCUGCUUCCACAUCCACCCAGCAUGCUUCCACAUCCACUCAGCCUGCUUCCACCUCCACUCAGCCUGCUUCCACAUCCACCCAGCAUGCUUCCACAUCCACUCAGCCUGCUUCCACCUCGACUCAGCCUGCUUCCACAUCCACCCAGCCUGCUUCCACAUCCACCCAGCAUGCUUCCACAUCCACUCAGCCUGCUUCCACCUCGACUCAGCCUGCUUCCACAUCCACCCAGCCUGCUUCCACAUCCACCCAGCCUGCUUCCACAUCCACUCAGCCUGCUUCCACAUCCACUCAGCCUACUUCCACAUCCACUCAGCCUGCUUCCACCUCCACUCAGCCUGCUUCCACAUCCACCCAGCAUGCUUCCACCUCCACUCAGCCUGCUUCCACCUCCACCCAGCCUGCUGCCACUUCACAGGUUUUAACCUCCACCUAGUCUGCCAUAGCUUGCAAUAUGCCAUAGUUUUGAAUAAAUGGUAAACUGUAGAACAGUAGAUAAAUAAAACCACCAUAGCCCCAUCUGCUCAAUGGCCAGACUGCUGCCGCCUGGUUGAGACCAUAUUCGUUCGCCUUUGCAAUAUCCAUCGUAGUCCGAAAAAAAAAGGGACUAGCACAGUCUCAAGAUGGGAUCUGAUUCUUCAGGACUACAGAAAAAUCAGACAGCUAAUUUUAGCAAAUGGAGAUGUCAUGCAACAGACUACAUUGCAGCUGGUGGAUGUGAGCUACACCACCCUGGUUCAGUGGCAUAAUAAAAGGGUCAAAAGGCAAGAAACAGCUGUAGUGCAACAAGGGAUUAACUUUCCUAGCCGGUUUUCUAUAGCCAGCGAACCACUUCUCCCCGCCAAUAUACGUCCCCAUUAUGCCAUACCUCAUUCAGCACCAAUGCAUCUGUACAGUCUACCAGCUAACACUGUGGGACAGGCAAAAUUAAAAAGAAAGCUGCAGUUUACAGAUGGCAAAAAUCCAUCACAACAGCGGCAGCUUCUCCCUGCUC